GGUGUUGUUUUUGGUUUUAUGUGAUUGUUGGUAGAGCGAUGUGUGUCGAGGUAUAUAUGUAUAUGUAUAUAGAUAGGUACCGGUAUAUGUUGAGAUAUAGAUAUAAAUACAUGUGUAGAUAUAGUUAGAUAUAGAUAUAAAUACAUGUGUAGAUAUAGAUGUAAAAUCAAAAACAAACAGACAGAAGAUGUAUAAAUCUCACGAGUUGUUAAAUGUCACAUGUGGCCUUCUUCACUAGUCAUACCUCCCUCCCUCCCUCUCUCUCUCUCUCUCGAUCUAUCAUUCUAUCAACCGAUCAUCCUAUCGUCCUAUCAUCCUAUGUACUCACUCCCUCGCUCCCUCGCUCCCUCACUCCCUCAUACAUCAUCCAUCUCCUGGUCACGGCGGCGACGGUUUACCUCUUCCUCGUAAACGGCCCAAAAACUACUCAACUACUUCACCUAUACCUAUGAAAGCCGAUGGUUCUCCACUUCCAUCGUCCCAUCCUUCUAGGUAUUCCAUCUUCACUGGUCCUUUGACUCGUUCGUCUCUCUCCCCAUUCACUUUGCUACUUUCAUAAACUCGACUCCACUCAUUCUUCAACAUUUUCGCUUCUAGAACGAAGAAACCAAGGAUUCAUUCCUCCCUUGCCUUCCCUCCCCCUCCCCACUCAAACUCAAUCAAUCCAAUCAGUCCAAUCACCUUCUCGUCUUAGACCGACUUAUGUCAGUCCUCUGUAAUUCUUCAUUCUUCCUAGUACUGACUGGGUCACUGGCUAUCCUAUCUCAUACCACCAUACUUCCCCCAUCUCAAACCCAAAAGCCCGACUUAGUAUGCAAUGCCAUUCACGAGCUGGGCGAGAGACCGGGGCAUAAUAAAAUCUACUAAUACAUGACAACCACAACCACAACACACAUCCCUCAUUCAUUCACUCUCCAUCACAAACUUCAAUCUCUGCAGUCCUUUCGUGGGAACUCUGGUAUGCAUCAACAUAAUAACAAGAUUAGGGAUUCAUCAUUUCCAUUUCUUCCUCCUGCCAUCCAAUUCUCUUCACAAUCAUGUCAGCUACGUCACCCCCACCACGAUCCCGAUUCGAUCCCACUCCGAUUGAGGAGACGGUGAAGAAAGUGAGAAAGUUUGCCGUUGAACCUGUCGAAACUACUUCGAGAAGUAAUAAGAAAGAAAAUGUAGAGCAAGUCGAGAAUGCUAUAGAGGAGAAGGACUUUGCCGCUGCCCCGCCCAAGAAACGCUUCCUGCCUCAACCCGUGGAAACUACACAAAAGUCGAGCAAAGCAAAACCACCAAGUCCUCUGCCAACUCCAGACCUUGUUCCCGAGUCCAAAUCACAAGCUUCAGCUACCGCAGAUUCAUCUGCUCCAAGAAGGAGGUUCACGCCUCAAUUAAUAGAAACGACAAAAAGGUUCAAGAGGUCUACCACUCCUGGCCCCGCUACUUUACCUACUGAUAAGACUGAUAUUACACCGGGUACAAAUCAUAUCUAUGCGGAGAAAAAACGAAAAUACAUACGUCCCGUACCAGUUCCUUUAGCACCCGACAACACUCCAAUUUCUUCUUCUGCAGAUAUCCAUGCCCGUGUUCCGCUUUCACUACCGCGUCGACAACCUUCAAUGCGCCCUCACAAUAAUACCAGAAAAACCACGCGAUCGAAUUCUUACCAACCAGAAUUAGACCCUAUAGACUCUUCAGAGGAAAAUUCGGAGAACGAAGAUGAAGAUGGCGAAUCUACACCGUCUUUAUCUGAUUCACUGGGUUCUUCUGAAGAUUCCAUGUUAAAGAUGCAAAUGGCACGAACACGAGAAAGUUGUGAUGAGAGAUUUGCGGGUUAUCUCCUGGCAUUAGCUGCUAAAGCUGCCGAGAAACAACUCAUGGAACAAGCAUUAGCGGCAUUCCCCAACCAGUCCGCUUAUGAAAUUGUGGAACAUUUCUACGAUCGGGAGAUAGAUACAGCUUCGGAAGAAGAUUGCGUGGAAGGUGUAGGUAUGUUAGUGGAGGAUGCUCAUACUCAGGAGCUUCGUAGAAAAUCUACAGAGGUUGGGUGGGCAGCGAAAGAGAUGCAACAACAUCAGGAGAAUCUGAAUCGGUUGAGAGAGGAGGAGACCAAUAAGAAGGUAGCUGAGGAAGCCACAGCCCCAACAUUUCACGAUCCUUUUUGGACAAAUGGAAUGUCGGAUAAAACUCGACCAAGUGGUACUCCUCAAGAUAAACAAAAGGAAGCUGAAUUGGUUCGAAUGCGUAAUGCAGCUUCUCCUCCAAUGCUUGGUGGUGAUUUAGUAUUUCGCAUGUGUCCUUCUCCAAAGGCGACAAAAUUUGAAUCCGAUCAACGUCAUGACAUACAACCACAUCGAGUCGAAGAUGGAGGAGGUCUAUGGGGUGGUUAUUGUGUUGCCGAGGAACAUGAGCAAUACCUCAGUCCGGAUCUCGUGAAAAGGCCACAAAUGAUUGCAACCCCGCAUAUUGAAAUGGAUGAUCCGUUUUCUUCCGCGUUCUCUAAUGCCGCGCCGAAUGUUCCUGUCAAAUCAUUGGAUAGAAACAAGGGUGGUGUUCAUAUGCUCAGCGGACUCGAUGAUAGGUUAAAAGCCGAGGUUGCGAGGUCAAAAUCUGAAGAUAUGUUGUUGGAGGAGUUUGAUGACGCGUUUGUUACACAAGUCUACAAUUAUCUUUCCCUCGGAUAUCCAUCUUUAGCUCGGCAAUAUGACGAAGAAUUGGCAAAGAUUUCUCAAAUUCCGGAAGAGGAAUUGAGAGUCGAUGACAAGAGUCAAAAUAUCAAAGGACAUAUUGGUUUGGUGGCAGUUGAUGGUCAUGUAGAAGAGAAGAAAGGGAAAUCUGUUAAUGGGGAAAGAAGUGAAGGGGGUUAUGGUGCUAGAUGGAAAGCGUUACGAAUAUAUAUUCUAGAAUGGGCGAGACAACAUCCUUCCAUGUCGAAUGGUGCAUCGUCACCUAGUGCUUGGGGUGUAAGAGCUAGGAGGGGUAGUUGGGCGAUAUGAUUUUUUUAUAUCGUACACAAUCCGGGUCUGAGGGGUAUAAAGUUUGUUGCGUCUCAACGAAGAGAAUUCCAACACUUUGAGAAAGUAAGACAAAGUAGAAAUUUGGGCAAAGGGCGUUAAGGGAAUGUUGACUUUUUCGUUGCGUAUAUAUAUUUAUGAGACAAACGGCAGCCUUGGGAUAUUUAUUUAUUGAGAUAGGUUGAGGUAUAAGGAAAGGGAAGGGAAUGGAAUAUUUAUUGUUAGUAAAUCACGAGUAGUAAAUUUUGGGGAAUGGUGAUAGGGAAUGAAAGGAAAGGAAAAAGUGGUCGCUUUUUUAUGGUGGGUCGCUUGUUUGUAUAUGAUAUUGUGAAGUAGGGGGGGAGGGGAGAGGGUGGGUGAGAGAGAUUGGUAAAGGAAAAAAUAAAGGGGUGGGGAGAUGGAUAAAUAUAUAUGGAUAGAUGAUAUAUUUAUAGAAUGAUAGGUUUA